UGCCAACGCGCCCGGACAGCCCAGACGUCGCAGACCACUUUUCAAUCCUUUUCGUUUCAAUUGCUUGUUCAUCCCAAGAUGUCUGACAACGUAGAUGAGCCACGCCCUGCAGAACAGAGCAACGUCAACAAGACACAGCAGCCAGCCAACGACAUCGACUGGUCCCAAUUAUACGACAUGUUCAUGAAAAUUGAAAAACGUUUGCCAAAUUUCGAUCACAUGUUGAUUGCUAUGAAUGAUUACGCGUUCCAAAGAACUUCGAGACAAAGACAAACAAAUGAUUUGAGUGAAUUUUGUGGAGUGCUUAAAAAAGGUUUUUUUGAUUGGUAUACAAGUAGUAUCAAUAAUGAAAUUAAUAGAGUACCCAAUUUUAUCGAUUUGACAAAUAAAGUUUUUGAUGAUGAGAUAUUGAUGAAAUUUGACAAGAAACUAGUUAGUAGCACAAGUCAUAAUGCAGAUACAGACAAGUGUAUAAAGACAAGUGCUAGUACAGAUGCUAGUGAAAGUAUAAACACAAUUACUAAUGCAAAUGUUGGAGAAAGUACAAACACAAGUACUAGUGCAGAUACUAGUAAGAGUACAAGCAAAAAUGCUAAUACAUGUUCUCAUAAAAGUGUUAAUAAAUGUAGUCAUAAAAAUGAUAGCACAAGUUCUCAUACAAGUGCUAGUAAAUUUACUAAUAAAAGAGCUAGAAUGAGUCUCAAUACUUAUUCAGAGAUGAUGGCUGCAAAGACUAAAUAUUAUUACAAACAUUUAGAAAUUACAAAGUCAUUCGAAAAUGCAGAAGGAUUAGAACCUAUACCUCUGCCAUCUUGGUUGUCAACUGAGCAGUCACCUGAGGAGUCGAUUGAACAGUCAACUGAGACAGAUGUUGUUACCAAUCAAAAAUUCAAAAUAAUAAUGCCAAAGAUUCCUGAAGAAGUUAUUAGCAUAAGGAGGAGACUACCUAUCGAUUGUAAUAUCCAUCUUGGAAUGGAAUAUGAACGUUAUUGGUGGAGACAAACAAAUGAUAAAAUUGUUUUAAAUGUGGAUAUAUCUGAUUUAGUGCAGUUAGUUCCAAAUAUUAAAGUAGUGGUAUCAAUUAUUGGUUUCAAGAUUAAAAUAAAACAAUUAAAUAAAUGGAUUGUUCUAAUAUCAAAUAAGUUUAUAAAACCUAUUACCAAAUCCAAGUGGGUAGUCAAUAAACACAUGCAUAUCAAAUUAACUUUGGACAAAAAGGAAAGAGAAUUUUGGAGUAAAUGUCUGGUUACUGAAAUAAAAGAACAUGAUACAAGACUUUUUAAAAAUCAUACAUGUAGUAGUGUGUGCACUGCACCUAUCAUAAAAGGUGAAAAAAUUCCAUUUAGUACAUCACAAAAAGAAUGUUUGAAAACUUUAAGAGAAUUUCUUAAAAAAGACUAUGGUUUGGAAGAUCUUGAUGAAUCUGCAGAAGGCAUUGCUAAUUCUACAGAAACCAACUCACCUGCAAAGGAAGAAAAACCGCAAGAUUCAGCUAUAACUUUGAAGUCGUCUGUAGAUCCAAGUACAGUUGAGUCUCUGAACUCUGACUCUGAAAAUCUUCAGAAUACAAAACAAACUUCUAUGGACCCAUUUCGUAAUUGAUUUGUUUUUAAAAAAUGUUUAUUCUUAAUUCAUUAAAAGCUAAUUAUCCAAAACUAUAAUCACAGAAUAUAACAAUAUAAUAUAGGUAAAAAUAUAUGUGUUUAAAGCAUCAUUAUAAAAUCUAAAGAAUAAUCAGGUAGUUUUUAUUUUAAGAUAAAAUGCUAUUGCAUUAUUAAUUAUUAUUAAAAAUAAUUACUAUUAAAUAUUAAUGAUAAGUUAUAAAAAAAUGGUGUGUCCCCCAUUUAAAAUUCCUGGGCACGCCACUGUAUAGGUAGUACAUUUUUAAAUAUUUUAAAUACAAUUAAGGACUUUUUAAGCGGCUAUCAUAGACUAUUAAAAUAAUUUUUAAAUUUUCUCAACAUUUCGGGGGAUAUUCAUAAAAUAUUAUUUUAACUCUUCAAUUUAUGAAGGUUUAAUAAAAUU